UUCUCGAAACGAUUCCGUACCCGCGUCGAAGACAAACGAAACGAGUAACAGCCAUUACGUUCUCUCCAUUCUCUAAUUUCCCCGCACAACGGGUUUUCCUUCGCCACCAAGAUAUCUCUAUUUCGUUCUUGUAGCCUUUAGUUCUCUGCGAAAUCCUCCAUGUUAGAAUCAGAGGUUCACGAUUUAUCCGACGACGCCGAUUACGCCGCGUCGCAGCAACAUGGAUCUGCUAGCAUGAUGCUGCGGAGUGACAGUACCAAGAACUCCCUUCGGGAAGAUGCCGAAAUUGUAUUUACGAAAGAAAAUGUCGCAAUUCAUCCGACUCAGUUUGCAUCUGAAAGAAUCAGUGGAAGAUUGAAAUUGAUUAAGCAAAACUCGUCUUUGUUUAUGACUUGGAUACCUUACAAAGGGAAUAGCUCAGAGGCCAGGCUGUCUGAUGAUGAAAGAAACCUAUAUACCAUAAAGGCGGUGUCCUUCACUGAAAUCAGGUCCAUCCGGAGGCAUACUCCUGCUCUUGCGUGGCCAUAUAUCAUCGUUGUUCUAUCAUCAGGACUUGCUUAUCCUCCACUCUAUUUUUAUAGUGGAGGAGUCAAAGAAUUCCUAGCUACAAUAAAGCAGCAUGUUCUUCUUGUGAGAUCUGAAGAGGAUGCCAACGUAUUCCUUGUAAAUGAUUUUCAGAAUACACUGCAGAGGACUUUGUCUUCCUUGGAGCUGCCCAGAGCUGUUCCCAUUGCAUGUGGACCUUCAAAUCUCUCUGUUGAUGAAUCCGUUCUGAAUGAGAACCAAGGAAGGGCUGAUAAUGAUGUCAAUAAUGGAAGUUUUAGUGCUGCUCAGUUCCAUGGGAGACCUAGUCAUAAAGUAGAUCCUGCUCGAGACCUCUCUAUUAAUGUUUUAGAGAAGUUUUCGCUUGUCACAAAAUUUGCCCGAGAGACAACAUCACAACUUUUUAGGGAAAACCAUAGUAAUGGAUUCAGUGAGAGGAGGACCCAUGCCCAGACUAAUCUUGAUCAUCAUCCUAGGAAGUCUUCCCUCGUUGAGGAAAAGACUUCUGAUGAAAGUUGUGUUGCCUUGGAUUCUCAGGAGUUUGAUAAUUUAUCAUUAGUAUGGGGAAAACCACGGCAACCACCUCUAGGUUCUGGAGAGUGGAUUAUCUUCUUGGAUUCUGAAGGGCGAGUCACAGAUUCAGAAGCUUUGAGAAAAAGAGUAUUUUAUGGUGGACUUGACCAUGAAUUACGAAAUGAGGUUUGGAGUUUGCUUUUGGGAUAUUAUCCAUAUGAGUCAACAUAUGCUGAGAGAGAAUUCCAGAAGUCUGUUAAAAAGUCAGAAUAUGAGAACAUAAAGAACCAGUGGCAGAGUAUAUCCUCUGCACAGGCUAAAAGAUUCACAAAAUUCAGGGAAAGGAAAGGGCUUAUUGAGAAAGAUGUGGUGAGAACUGAUAGAUCGAUCCCUUUCUAUGAAGGGGAUGAUAAUCCAAAUGUAAAUAUUCUACGAGAUAUACUGUUGACCUAUUCAUUUUACAACUUUGAUCUUGGUUAUUGCCAGGGAAUGAGUGAUCUUCUAUCUCCAAUAUUGUUUGUGAUGGAUGAUGAGUCAGAGGCAUUUUGGUGUUUUGUUGCUCUAAUGGAACGUCUGGGACCCAAUUUUAAUCGGGAUCAAAACGGCAUGCACUCUCAACUUUUUGCUUUAUCUAAGUUGGUGGAGCUGCUUGAUAGUCCAUUGCAUAACUAUUUUAAGCAACGUGACUGCUUGAAUUAUUUCUUUUGCUUCCGGUGGAUUUUGAUUCAAUUUAAAAGGGAGUUUGAGUACGAGAAAACAAUGCGCUUGUGGGAAGUUUUAUGGACACAUUAUCCGUCUGAGCAUCUGCACCUGUAUUUGUGUGUGGCAAUCUUGAAUCGGUAUCGUGGUAAAAUAAUUCGAGAGGAAAUGGACUUUGACACCCUGUUGAAGUUUAUUAAUGAGCUAAGUGGUCACAUCGACCUUGAUGCAAAUCUCAGAGAUGCUGAAGCUCUAUGUAUAUGUGCUGGUGAGAACGGUGCUGCUUGUAUACCCCCUGGAACCCCACCGUCGUUACCUGUAGAUGAUGGUUCUUUUUACGCCCUACAAGAUGAAAUAUUGUAAAUUAAUUCACUUCCAUAAAUCUUUUUGUGGUACCUGAAUGUAUCAACCUCAUUGUGUAUUUCCUGAUUCGUUUCAAAUAUAUGUUGUUAGCAUAUUAAA